GCGUUUUCUCCCCUCGCUUCGCCUUCACAAGCCUCGGCCCCGGCUUCUCGUCUUCGACAGCAGCGGGCGCCUGGCUCGGCAUCUUCAGGAGUCGCUGGAAGAUUUCGAGGUCGUGGCGGUCGACGACCGCACGGUACCCAAACGCCGAUCGCUAGGAUCCCUUCGCGAGAAGGCGCACUUCGAGGUCAAGGAGGAUGUGUUGAAGACCUCCCCGCCUGCGCUGGACGCCAAGGCCGAGGCCUUCGACGUCGUCCUGGUACCUUUUGCUUUGCACAGGCUCUGCUGGGGAGAAGAGCGGCUUCUACUGGCCCUCUGGAGGGAAAGCCUCCGCUGUGCCGGAACACAUCUUCUGCUGGCAGAGGACCUGACGCCUCCGGCCUCGGAAGAUGCGCUCGCCGGGUGGCGGGCGGUGCUGCAG